AUGUACCAACCAAAGUCGGGAGCCUACAACAGCCAAGCGACAGGAAAGACUUGCUACAACUUCUCCGAGUACAGACCCAACUGUGGUUGGAAGACGAUCCUUACAUCCCCAGUUCCACUCAAGUCGGUUGAAUUCUCGGACCAGUCUGUGACACAGCUGGACAACUAUACUUUUAUCACAACAAAUGGACAGUGGAAUGGAGAUUUUAGCACAAAGUCCCCAGGUUCAUGCAGUGAUUUUACCUUUACUGGAUCGUUUGGGAUCUCUACGCCUUCUCUCUGUGUGACAUGGUACUGUAUUUGUGAUGCUUCGACCAACAAGACCUGCAAG